AUGACGCAGCAUCCGUGCUCUUACAAUGAAACACUGGCCAGAACGAAGCAAACUGCCCGUAAAUCCACCGGAGGAAAGGCUCCCAGGAAGCAGCUCGCCACCAAAGCUGCCCAUAAGGGCGCGCCGGCCACUGGCGGUGUGAAGAAGCCUCACCGCUACAGGCCCGGUACCGUGGCUCUGAGGGAGAUCCGCCGUUACCAGAAAUCAACCGAGCUGCUCAUCCGCAAGCUGCCCUUCCAGCACCUGGUCCGUGAGAUCGCGCAGGACUUCAAUACAGACUUGCGCUUCCAGAUGGCACCUUUAGUAUUUGCCUAUACUGCCUAUGACACACAUGUGAGAGAAGUUUCUCUGUUCUCAAACACNAACCUGUGCGCCAUCCACGCCAAGCGGGUCACCAUCAUGCCCAAAGACAUCCAGCUGGCUCGCCGCAUCCGCGGAGAGAGAGCUUAAGCUACUCGCUCUCCUACAAACAACGGCUCUUUUCAGAGCCACCUC